UCGAUGAUUAUUCAACAUUUAUGUUGUUUAUAGUACGUUUAACAUGUAACCACGAAACGUCAUUAAUUAUUCAGUAUAACACAAAAAAACCUAUGCAUCGUGCAGAUAAUGAAUAAUCAAUAGACACGUGUGAAAUGUGAUUGCAUAACGCAUCAUCAUGUGUUACAGAGGAUAUUAAAAAUUGCUUAACGAUCAAACGUCCGGAAAGAAAUUCGCUGAUGUUCGUGAUAAAUAUUUUGUGUGAAUACAGAAAUACACGUCUUGCGUGAAGUUAUAUCCAGAUCAAAGAAAUUGAACGAAUAUUUUCGAAAAGGGGUUAGUUAAAGUGCGCAUGCGCUUAAUGUGUGUACAAUUUCGGGAACCCCGCUCGUUCAACGAGACAGCAUUAAUCGUGAUUCGAGGACAUAAUUGUAGAAAAUAAAAUAAAGUAAAAUCGUGAGACUGACAAACGAUUUAACCGUUCGAACGAGAUAUCGACGAGAUAUCGAAUUUUCCUCAACAGAUAAAUGUCUCUCCUCUUGACAUAGGAGGUUAGAAAACAUCGCGACACAAAUAGGAUCUUUAGUUGCUGUUUACUAACUGAAUAAUGGAGUUGUACAUGGUAUUCGACAAGGGGGGAUGAAAUACAGUGCGUGCGUAUGCAUGUGAUCGUGUGUGAAAGAGAAAAAGUAGGGAGGGAAACAUAACACCCCGAGAAGACGCGCGUCGCGAGACUAAUACGACGCAGAAAGAACGAGAGUGCGCGUCAGUAGGUUUUACCCUGACCUCGGUCAGACGGACAUGGUUUAAUUUAACCGGAUCCCUGCAAACUCAGUUCAAUCUAUCUUUGUCCAGUGGCACGUUCAAAUCCUCGCAACGUUCGCGAUUUAACCUCAUCGUUCCAUGGGAGGAAGGAAGAAUACACCGUUUUUCCGAUAUUCCGUGUUUAUCAAGAUGUUGGUACUACUAUUGUCAGUGGCCAUACUUGGCACAUCGACGUUUGCCUAUAAUGGCGAAUUGGUGGAACAAGAAUGUCCCGUCGACUGUCAUUGUCAUUAUUUUCGCAUCAACUGGGUGACCGACUGCUCCGAAAGCAAUUUAACCAGCAUCCCGAACGACGAGCUCAGCCCGAACAUUUACAUUCUAGAUAUGAAUGGUAACAACAUCGCACAGAUCGGUCCAUUUCCACAUUCGAUCAAGCUAAGGCGUCUCCAGAUGGCACACAAUCGUUUGACCGAGCUCAAGUAUGAAUCCUUUGCUGGAUUAAUUUACCUGCUGGAAGCAGACUUUUCGUCAAACGCGAUCACUCAUGUUGAUCCCGAGGCAUUUAGGGACAGCCCUGGUCUAAUCUCGCUGGAGCUUCAGAACAAUCCUCUGGACGAGGUGAAAGGUCACUUUUUAAAUUGUCGUACCCUGCUCUACCUCGAUCUGAACUCGUGCGGCAUCCACCGUCUGAACACACAGUUCUUCCACAAUACUACGAAUCUAAAUAAACUCGACUUGUCGCACAAUCCGCUCGGACAGAUCGAACCCGGCCCGUUUGAUCACCUCACUAAUCUGGAAUACCUGAAGCUGAACGCUUGCAACUUGACCCACAUCUCUCCGGAUGCGUUUGCACAUUUGGAAAACCUUCGCGAACUCGAGAUGGCGGAGAACGAUCUGCGCGCGUUGAGCUGGACGAGCGUCUUAGCGCCGCUGAUUCGUCUUGAAUACCUGAACAUCAGAAAGACUGGGAUUACCAAUUUGCCAGGAGAUGCGUUUGCAAAGAAUUUGUACCUCAGGCAGUUGGUGCUCGCCGACAACGAGCUGUGGCACUUGGACGUUGGAAACACGCUUGGCCACAAUCUGCAUAGUCUUCAGUCGUUGGAUUUGUCGAACUGCAAUCUACAAGACCGCUUGUCCGAGGAAGCUUUCAAAAAUGCUAGUAAACUGCGCGUGUUGAACCUGAGCGGCAACCCGAUGUUCGCCGCCGAUUUGACAGCCGUGUUGCGUCACUUGCCGAAGCUCCACAAGCUUUCGUUGAGCAAUUGUAGUCUGCGACGUCUGCCUAAUGCUUUCCACGUGUUCGAGCAUCUAGAGGAGCUGGACAUCUCGCACAAUCCUUUGUCAGACGCGUUUGUCAGUUUAUUGAAUCCAUUGGAAUCGUUGGAAUACCUGGACAUGUCCUAUUGCAAUCUUGGUUACGUCGGAAACAACACGUUCGCUCACAUGACCUCGCUGAAGAAACUAAUAUUGUCUGGAAACAAGCUGCAUACUCUGGAAGAGGGAUUGUUCGCAAAUUUGACGAGAUUAGAGAGCCUGGAGCUGAACAACUGUGACCUGAAGACCCCCAUAGAUCCUAAGGUAUUCGGCGACCGAGUCAGUACAGACAUCAUCGAACUCAAGCUCAGUGGAAACUCUCUGGAAGUGCCUCAAGAGGGUUCUCUGCUUCCAACGCAAUUGUCCAAUCUCGAAAUCCUGGAUCUAAGCAACUGUAACUUGCAGCAUCUGAACGAAAAUCUGUUUUCCAGAACUAGAAAUCUCACUCAAUUGAAUCUGUCCGGUAACAGUAUUUCCGGCACAGAGAAUCUAGCCUGUCUGAAAAAGCUGCGCAUGCUGGAGCAUUUGGAUCUCAGCAACAACAGUCUGACCACCAUUGUACCGCGAAUAUUCAAGUCGAAUCCACGCCUGUUGUCGCUCAAUUUGCUGGGUAAUCCAUUCGUGUGCAACUGCUUUAUCACGGACAUGUGGGACUGGGCGUUACAGGUGAAGAAUGAUCUGCACGUGCUGGUGGGUAGCCAGCCAGCGAACUUCGAAACUGGCGCGGCGAAACUGAGGAAGAGCCUGUCCUGUACGUACGACGAUGAGACUUACCGCAAGAUCGUGGAACAGGCACGUGCCAGCAUGGAUCAACGACGUGCUAGAAAAGGUGAUUUGACCCCGACUCGUACCUGGGCGAAAUACGUCCGCGAGUCGACCUGCGGUCGUAGUUUAUGAUACAUAGCGAACAAAUUUCAACAUCCGAUACUGAAUGUCUAUUACGACAGGACACACGGCAGACAGAGAAGCGAGUUGUAAACGUAUCUUGAAUCAACGAAGUAUACACACAUACACAUACACACACAUACACAUACACAUACAUAUACACAGACACAUACACAUACACAUACACACAGACACGUAUAACUGUGUACAAGAUGUGCUAUCGUCAGGUAAUUUAUCAAGAUUCUACCCCAAGGAGAACCAACAACGUCCCUUUUACUUCCAUGGCAUAUGACUUUAUUUUUGUAGCCGAUUUAAAUAGGAUUAAGAUGUGUUGGUAGUACGCGCGUGCGUAUACGAUAUCAGGAUGUUGGAAAAAUUGUUUGUACGCGGAACUCGUGCACGUUCUUUCGUCUGAAUAGAAUCUGGCAUUCAACCUCGUACGGUCGUCGUCAUCUUCACGGAAUCAUACGAUAAUAUAGAAGAUAUGGUGAUCGAUCGUUCUUGACUGUCUUCGACAAACCAUUCUCUCCCCUGUUCGUGGGGAAUUAUGUUUAUAUACGCGCGAGACGCGAUAGUCGUAUUUUAUUGGGAAGCGGUGCAAUUCGUCUGGCGUCAAUCGGAAUGAUUAAUGUAACGAGGGGUGAUAAGGUAAAACAAAGAAAAAGGAAAUAUUUAUCGAUUGUCAGAACAAUGGAAGGGUCUCGAAUUAUCAAUCACCCUUUUACUUCGAGUCUCUUUUGUGUUUCACCAACGUCUCUUUCUUUUUUUUCCACACCGGUGCUGGGAAUUAAUGGUCGAAAAAACCAGUCUAAGAUCGUUCGUUGUCAUGACAAUGGUGCCGUGUUUUUAAUUAAUCUCGCUCAGCCAUCGAGCCAACUUUUACUCUCUUCUUUUUCUUCUCGCGAGAGUCCGGGAAUAAUAACAAUAAUAAUAAUAUUGAACCGAAUUGACAACUUUAGCCUAAAGGCUAAAACGAAAGAUUGAACUGAAACGUGAAUGGAGAGGAUCGAACUAUUCCGAAUCAUGAAGAAGCGAGGGAGAGAUCCGAGCUAUUUACCUGUAUGAAACCGAGCGUGGAUUUUAUCUAAACGCUGAUGAACGAUGUGAAUUCGUGCUAGCCUCGCGUAAACACGUCGUGAUUAACAGUUACGAGGCCCUUGCAUGCUCGUAUAUACACUUAUAUCUGUUACUUUCGUGUUAUUAUAUACGAGCGCGUGUUACGCAACGUAACGUAAGUAUGGACGUCGCCAGGUAUAUGCUCCAUUCAGAAAAAAGACUCAAUUGCUGGAAUUAUUAACCCUCGACUAGAACCACUGAAAUUUACUACAUCGUUUAAUGUUUUGUUUUAUAAGUCCAAUUCGAGACUUGUUGGUAGAAUUUUAUCUAUCUAAUAUUUAUUAAUCUUUUAUUUAUCUAAUAGUUGCAUAGUUGCACAAGAUAUUAUUUUUCAUUUGUCAAUUUGUUAUACAGGAGUUAUUUCUUUCGAAACGUUAAUUAAUUUUGUUUGUUGAAAUGAGAUAAAAAUUUGGGAAAUUAAAGAUAAAGCAAGAUUAAUUUUGUUUCGCUUUACUAGUCGCGAAUCGAUUGAUGAUAUAAAAUUUGUUAUCCGUUGUCCUUCAUAUAUAUAUAUAUCUGUUAAGUUAAAUCGUUAAACGUAUUUAUUUUAGAUUGUAAUUAUUCGCGAGUAGCGUUGCUAGUUUUCGGUUAAAGACACACGCCGAGAGAUAUUUGUCUCCUUUUGAAGUUGAAGUUUACUUUGAUGUUCGCGUCUCCUCUUUUUCCGUGCGGAUCUAUAUUUAUGUUUUCCGUAUCAACACGCUGUUUCAACCAAAAAGUGUUCUCUGGCGGUGUCCAUGUAUAAAUACGAGAUAGAUCCUGUGGUAAGUUGAUUCUCAUUCCUUCCCUCAGAUUGGAUAGUGACGAUUUAAUUCCAGUGAAUUCCAGUUUUACAUAAUACAGAAAUAAUUUUUUCGGCAAAGGAACUCGGUUAGCGCUCAUCCAACACGAAUUGAGACAAAAUACACGUGUAUGUUGAUCUGCGAGAGAAUGGGCAUGCGAACCAGUUUUUUUCAAUCUCACUGUCGCUUCAAGCAAACACGAGUAAAUUCAGAUGCCGAUGCGAUUUCACUAUGUUCACGGAAUGUAUAAGACUGUAUUUAAUAAAGAAGUCAUUUUUCUUG